GAAACAAAUAUGGCGGCCAUCGGACGAAAGGUUUUUGAUAAAAUAUCAUAUCAUUUGAAAAAUGGACAUAAUGUGAAGUUUGUUAGAAAUGUUUCCAACCCAGGAACAUUUAAGUAUUCUGACUUAGAAAUUACAACGACAACCAAUCCACAAGAGAAACCUACACCAGAAAAAUUAUUAUUUGGACAUCACUUUACUGACCAUAUGCUACAUGUAGAGUGGUCUAUAAACAAAGGUUGGGGUAAACCUCACAUAGGUCCUUUACAAAAUAUCUCUUUACACCCUGCCGCUAAAGUUCUUCAUUAUGGAGCAGAGCUUUUUGAAGGAAUGAAAGCCUAUAAGGGUAUUGAUGAAAAAAUUCGACUCUUCCGACCAAUGGAGAACAUGAAGCGUAUGAACAAAACAGCCGAACGAUGUGCUCUACCGACAUUUGAUGGAACAGAAUUGGUCAAAUGCAUAAAAAAGUUGUUAUCAGUUGAUGCUGAUUGGGUACCUACCACACAAAACAGUUCUCUGUAUAUACGACCUACACUUAUUGGUAAUGAUCCAACACUAGGAGUAAGUUUAUCUCACAAUGCCAUGUUAUUUGUUAUCUUGGGGCCUGUUGGAUCUUAUUUUACCACAGGUUUGGACCCAAUAACCCUGUUUGCUGACCCGAAGUAUGUUCGUGCAUGGCCUGGAGGUUGUGGAAGUUAUAAAAUGGGAUCAAAUUAUGCACCAACUGUUCAAGUACAAGCUAAAGCUGUAGAAGCAAAUUGUCAUCAAGUUUUAUGGUUAUUUGGUGAUGAUCAUCAAUUAACAGAGGUGGGAACAAUGAAUAUAUUUAUGUAUUGGACCAAUGAACAAGGUGAAGAUGAACUGAUUACUCAUCCAUUGGAUGGUUUGGUAUUACCAGGAAUAACAAGGUCAUCACUCAUCAAAGUUGCAGAGAAAUGGGGUGAGUUUAAGGUAACAGAGAAACCAUAUACAAUGAAACAAGUGAUAAAAGCAUUAAAAGAAAAUAGGAUAAAAGAGAUAUUUGGUGCUGGCACAGCCUGUGUUGUAUGUCCUGUUAAAGAGAUUUUAUAUAAAGGUGAACUAUUAAAUAUACCCGCUGUAGGUGAACCUAAGUUAUCAAUGAGAUUUUAUGACGAACUGACUGAUAUACAGCUUGGUAAAAAAGAGAGUGAAUGGACUGAAUUAAUUUAAGUAGAAGAAAAAAGAUAAUGAAGAUUAGUGCAUUUUGAAAUAAACACCUCAAAUGAGCGUUUUUAAAUGUUUUUCUGGUUCUUGCAUUAUUUGUUCACUCUUAUUGGAAUAAUGGUUUGGGUUUUAACUGACAAUUUUAAUACCAGAAAAUUUCUAGAUUUUGAUGAUUGUUUUGCGAGGUGGGAAAAUAAGCUAUAUUGAUUAAAUAGAACUAAUUAUUUUGUAUGAGGUUUUAAACUGUGAUAAAUGUAUUAUUACAAAAAAUAUUUACUAUGUGAUUUUAAUAACAUUAUCUCAUUUAUUGCUGUUUGAUUGAAUCAUGAUUUUUGCAAGUUUGUUUCAAGAGAAAUCAUAAGCAUAUGGGAUGCUUUAUGUUUGGAAAGUCUCUAAAAUCUAUAGAUAUUCCCCAAAUUUAUCACAUUUUAUGGAAAUAUGUCCAAUUAUUGCCUGAAUAUAACUUAUUCUAUCUUGAAAAUGACAUGUUUUGUUUACAAAAUAUGGCUUGACACAUUUGGGAAUGCUGUAACACCCCACAAUCCCCUGCUAUGUUAUAAUGAUAUAAUAAGUUUGUAUAAUAUAAGAUUAUAAUUGCAAUUAUCAUUCUGAUUUUAUACAAACUCAUUAUUAACAUAAAGUUCAGGUUUUUCUGGCAGGAUGGAUUUAUUGUGACUGUCCAAAAAAGUUAUUUUUAGAAAAUAGUCAAAGCUAUAGAGUUGGUCUAAUACUGUAGUUUUAAAUCUUAUUUUUGAUAGAACUGGUAAAUGGCGAAUGGAACGUAUUGAAGUGAUUUUUGGAUAAAUGAGUGACAUAUACAUUUUUAUCCGAAUAUACAGAAAUUCCGAAAACAUUUUUCACAAUUGUUUUUUUUACAUAAUUUUGUAAUGUAUUAUACAAUGGAUUUAGUAAAUGGUAUAAAUCUCUAUUAACCCAAAAUAUAUUUGAUGUUACAGUUUGAGUUCCACUAUCAGUUUCAUUUUUAUGUACUUUUUUUUUGUUGUGAUACUGUCUCAGGAUCUUAUUUAGGUGUUAAUUGAGCCAACUUGUUUAAUUUUAUAAAGUUCUAAAAUGACAAAUGCCACAAAUGACAUGUAUAUUUCUAUCUAUCUCUUUGUGUAGAAAGAUAAAUUAUUAGCAUUUAUGGAAUAAAUGAUAGAUUGUACUUUUUUGUAAAAUAUAGGAAAAAGAUAAAAGUAUUGGUAUGUUCUUUUAUAUUACAUAGAAUCAAAAUGUUUUCUAAUAUUUAUUUUAUACUCUAAAAUCUCUAAUUUUAAUUUUAACAAACUGUGGGUAUAAUGAGAAUCUCUUCUAAUAAUCCUUUGUGAUAAAACAAAUCCUAAUGAUCAAAAUGUAGACCGGUUAUAUGAAUUAUGUUUAUUUUUAAUAUGUUAAUAGAACUUGCAUAUCUAUUUUGUUGACAAUAGUUUUGUAUUUUCAUUUACCCUAUAUGUAUUGCAAAGCUGAAUUUUAUACUUAAAAUUGUGAAAUCUGAUAUUCAUUCCACUACAACCUGUAAUCUAUUUAAAUAUUGUUCCUUACGAUCUGAUUAAUUUAUUGCUGGACUUUUUAAAUCUUAAAUAUUCAUAUUCUAUUUUACUUUCAUAGAAACAAUUUCCUUUUAGUUUUUUAGUAAUACUUAUAGAAAAGGUGGUUUUAAUUUACAAAUACUGUCAUGUAGGAAAUCUUUGUGUGUAUGAAAAGACAGAAAGACAUUUAAGUACCAUACUGGAGGGUUGUAAUAUUUAUAUGAUUACAGGCUAAAUAUCUGUUAAUGACAAAACUAUUUUGUAGCAAGUAAAAAGUGAACUUUGGAACAUUUAAUGAUUUAUACCAUAAAGGUUUCUUGCUUUACAGUAGUUGAUUGUUAAUCUUUGCAUGAUACAUUAAUAUAUAAAACUAGAAAGAGACAAUACAUUAAUAUACUGUAAACUAGAUAUAGAUAUAUAUUUUAUAAAAUAAUACCAGAUGA